AUGUUACAACUCAGUCAGUCAACCGACUUGUCUAAAAUGAAGCUGUUAGUGGGAGUAGUAUGUUUUGCCUUGACCGUGGUUAUCUCAGCAGUCGAGAUACCUUCAGCUCAAGCCAAUACCGUCUUCGGCUACCACAUAAAUAUUGGUAUCCCCGAAGCCACAAGGAUACGAAAUUCAGAAUUACUUAAAAUCUCAGGAGGUCAAGUUCAAGAUGUAAAUGAAAUACCGUAUCAGGCUGGAAUCAUAGUUACCAUUAUGUCCUUCUUCACAUCAGUAUGUGGGGCGACAAUUAUUUCUUCCACGCGCCUUCUGACUGCUGCUCACUGCCAAUUUGAUGGAAUGUUCACCGCUCAGCAUUUUACUAUCGUACUAGGUUCAAAUGCUUUAUUCUCCGGUGGUCUCCGGUUUAUAACGAGUGAUGUUGUGUUACAUCCUCACUGGAAUCCAAAUACCAUCGCUAAUGAUAUUGCUGUCGUUCGUGUAAACCAAAUCACGUUUACUGCUUCCAUCAGGGCUAUAGCUCUACCCAGCGGCAACGAGCUCACUAACAACUUCGUUGGGUGGUAUGCUCAGGCUUCAGGAUACGGAGUCACAUUUCAUGGUGAUACCAUAAGAGAUGACCAGCCAAUCAGUUCAGUAAUUGCACCUGUCAUAAGUAAUAACGAAUGUAGGUUAGUGUUCGGAAAUUUUAUUUCGGACUCUAUUAUCUGCACAAGUGGACAGGCCGGGAAGGGCGCAUGUGGCGGGGACUCCGGUGGACCUGUUGUUGUGAACUCAAAUAAUAGACCUAUUGUUAUUGGUGUUAUUUCUUUUGGACAUUCGUGUGGAUCUGGCCACCCUUCCGGCCACACCAGAGUCACCUCUUUCGUCGACUGGAUACAAUCUCAAUAA